AGGGGUAUUCCAUACCACAGCACAUCAUGCCCAGUAUAGAAACUGGGGGGUAGUUACCUGGAAGGCUGGACCACUGCUCGGGUCUGGCUGGGUAUCAGUCAGUGAAUGGUGAGCAAUUGCUUUCUCUUCCUUGUUAUUUCCCUUAUCAUUAUUAUUGUUGGUGGUAGCAGUAGUGGGUUUGUGUUAUACCUUAGUUACUGGACUCAUCUUAACCCGUGGGGCUUGCAUUCUUUCCAUUCUCUGCCCCAUGCCACCGAGAACUGGGGAGAAGGAGGUGAAGUGUGAGUAAGCUGCUGCGUGGUUCCAAGUUACCAGUCAAGCUUAAACCAUGACAAGACUCUUGAGCAAAAAGCAGCAGCAGCACAACUGGAAAAGCAGAUCUAUGUAACAGUGUGAACACUUGUUGAAUCAGUUUUACAUGGUUUAAUUACCCAUAAACCUGUAGCUGAAACUUCCAGCAGGAAAUCUCAAAGGAUGUGGGUUGUCAUGUGACUCUUGAAAUUUGCUGCAAUCAAAUCUGAAGGGAAAAGUUCAUAACGAAAGACAUCCAAAAAUAUGUUAUUAAUUAAUGUCAGAAAUGCAGAAAAGCCUCCGUGCUUCAGUUUGUUUCUUGUUUGGCACAGCAGACGAGUGCUGUUAGGAGGUGGUUUUCCUUCCCCAGUGAAGGCUUUACACUCAUGCUGAUCUGAGAUACCCUUUUAACUCAGCUGUCACCUUAUUUUUUGGAUUUUGUCUUUCUAGUUUUAAUGUGGUGGAAUGCAGUCAAAACAUCACGAAGAGAUGGCAAUCCCCAGCUAUUCAAAGGCUUUUAGGUAUUUACUGAUUAUGUUUUGAUCCACUUAAAAUAAUUUCUUCAUGUUAUGUUAUUAUGUUACAUCAUGAAGAAUGUGAUAGUAUAGUUAUUCAGUAAGCCAGAGCUAAGGUUGCCCGUAAAGAAUCCAGACUGUACAAGAGUUUGGAGGUAUAAGGAAAAGAAUUUCCCUCUUUACACAGUGCCUUAACACAAUUGCAGUUCCUGGGUUUUUUUUCCCCAGAACAGGGCUGCUGUAAGUUUUCAAUGGAGUAGAGCUGUGUCUAAAAGGAGUGAGUGAGGAAGAGGUUUGUUUGGUGUAAAAGCCAUCCUUUUUGGAAGAGAUAACGUAUCAGCUGCUAUAGGCUGGGAAAGGAGUGCUUAAAAUGGGUAUGGGCCUUUCAGUUCUUGGCCCCACUGCAGCUAUCACAAAUGCUUUAGAUUCUGUUUCUUUCUGCUGUAAGUUGUUGCUGUGGGUGCCUUCAAGGAAGUGCCGAUUGCUCCAGCACAUGCAGUCAAGCUGCACGCUGAGAUUCUGGAGAUUUCCACUGAUGUACACAUUGUUUUCCUACACCUAGGAAAAUCCUGUCUUCAAAUUGAAGGCUAUGGCAGUGUGGUGCAUGAUGCCAAGGACUCAGCGGAGGUACAGAAUUGUUUCUCUAACGACAUCUCUUUAGGCUUACAAGGGUGUUAUGAGAAAUAACCAAUAAAAACCUGUCACACAAAUAUUCCUUUACAGGUUACUCAAUCACCAUUUUUCUAACCAUUUUGUUGUUGGUUCUAGCUGAUACGUGCUUUAGAGGUGGCAAUCUAUGUUAUUGCUUAAGCAGUCAUCGCUUUCACAGACUAUAUGUCUUUUAUGACUACACAGCAGUUAAGCACAAGAUAUCCUCUGCUCCCAGAACUUCCUAUUUGAAGCAGCCUAUGAGGAACAAACAUUAUUUUUCUCCUUGGUCCACUUAUGCCAGCACUUUGUGGUUAGCCUUGUAUGUGCAGCUGCAUUGUGUUCUUAAGAUGGUCCUUAACAUGGCAGUUCUUUUGUAUGGUCUUUUAUUGAGAAAGACAAAUGUGUAUAGAAAAACCUCUGUAUGUGUGUAUCUGGUGUUCAAAUUCCUGGCUGACCCUGGGUGGUUUUCAUAUAAACUCAGAUUUUGAGUUGUUUGGAAAAGGGACAAAAUGAUAUCUGAGAACUCACAUGGUAUUAAUUUGAGGGAGUCAGGUUUAAUGAUGUGCAGAUUUGAUUUCUACUCUUUAGCAUCAGCUGGGGCCAGAGAGCUGAUCAAUCACAGUCCUUAUGGCUCACUCAAGCACAUUUUCAUUUUGGUUUCUUCUUUCUACUGAUGAUUAUACAGAUUGUGAUAUUCAAAGGCAUCGAUACCAACUGUUUCACUUUGCCCCUCCUGAGCUGUGUCAUGCUGUUAGACACCAAUUAUCCCACAUCUCAGGAGGAACAGCUUUAAAAAAUCUACAAUACUUAUUCUGGGUAACUGCACUGUGUUGUUCUGCAAUAUACAAAUAUAGGAAAAUAGUUGUUUAUGAAAAAGACUGCUCUGACUCACCAAAUGCCAUCAUUUGAUAUUUGUAAUUUCAUUUUAAUGUUUUGUCUGCUUGGGGUUACUUUUGUGUUUUUAUACCAUUCACAAUGAAACAACUUAAAACCUGGCUAUUCAUUGAUAACCCUGGGUUGAUGAGUCGUUACUUCGUAUGUUAAUCUUUUUUACAAAGCAUCACCAUUAGAUGGUUCCCAAACUCAUAAUCCAGUAUUAUUGUCAUGAUUCACUUUAAUAUUACAAAAGCAAAGAUGGGCAGUGAGAGAUAUCUCCUGGCAUUUACUUUUGUGUCCAGUAGUGAGCCUCUGUAGGGCUAAUUGAAAGGUCAUUUCACAACCUGCCUGAACUCUGUUUUCUUUACAAUGACUGAUGGAAUGCCUAAGCUUCCAAGCAUUCAAGAAACUCUUUGGGAACUCACCCCUUUCCCGAGGUCUUCACACAGAGAACAAAGCAAGAAGAGCUUUUCAGCACAUCGGGGAGAGAGCAGGAGCUACAUGUGAACUGUCACAGAGAUUCCCUAGUUACCAGCUCUUAUGCUGCAGACACUACAGAAUGUGUCAUUAAAUGUGAAGGCAGGAGGCAUGUGAGAGGUAUAAGAAUUUAAGGUUUAUCUGAAGUAAGGGAACAUCUCUCAUCUACUCACUCGUUACAAAGCCAGGACAUUUGCACCAACCAGUGGGAAAACUGACAGACUGAACUGAUUGUACCGAGCUCCUACAUUUCCAGCAGGGACACAACUGGGAGAUCAUUGCCUGAGUUUAGCACUGUGAAGAGCAACUUUGAGCUUAUUUUUCCUCAGUUGAUUGUAAAGGGCAGGUAAGUGCUCACCACAGAGCACUCUUUAAAGUCCUGCCCCCAGGGUUGGGGGUUGUUCAGUAGUAGGAAACCGUGGGCGUUUUAGGUGUGAAGUCAAAACCAAGAUGCACCUCUGGAAAGAAAUCUCUCCCUCCACCCUCCAUCACAUUCAUUUUCAUACUAAAAUGAAAGCUGCACAUUGCUGAACUGCCUUCAGUAAACAGCUGGUGUAGCUGGAAGAAAGCAAGGCAGGUGUGGCAUACAGCACUUCGGGUCUUGCAUUCAUCAGUAAGACAACAGAGAACAAGUAAAAAGAUCCUUGAAAAUGCCAUGGAUAUGUCUCCCAACUGCGUUGCUCUUCCUUCUGCAUCUUCCUUGCUUCCCUGGCCAGAACGGUGGAGAAAAUGAAGAGUCAACAGACAUUAUCAGUGUUCGUGAAGGAGAAAGCAUCAACAUAACUUGUUCAAUUGAAGGUUCAGAAAAUGAAGUGGGAACAUACUUGAAAACUAGCAUACAGCCUGUCAAUGUGGUAUAUGUUUCCAGGCACAAUACUUCAUAUAUCCUUCCUGCUUUGGCUAACCGCACCAAGUACUCAAAGGAAGGAAGCAAUCUCAGGAUAACUCUGCACAAUGUGCAGGAAUCGGAUUCUAAUAUCUAUCAAUGCAGUACAUAUGUUAAAACCGAAAGCAAUCACAGAAAGCUGUUUGGGAAGACAACCAUAGUAGUGGUAAAAGGUAAACGCAGUGGAACUGUUGAACAGGCACCGCUGUAUGUGAAUCCUCAGCAAGGCCAAUCUGUCAGCAUUACCUGUGCAUUGAAAACCUCACAUGAAAAUGAAGGGAUCUACUUGCUCAAGACUCACAUGCAGCCUGAACCAGUGCUGUAUGUUUCGGGUCAGAAUACUUCCACUGUUUUUCCUGCUUUUGCUAAUCGCUUGGAGUAUUCAAAGGAAGGGGAAAAAAUCGUGAUAACUCUACACAACCUAUGGAUAAAUGACAGUGACAUAUAUGUAUGUGCUGGAGUGGUGAAAAACUCCUCUUUUCUCUCAGUGAACAGAAGUGGCACUAUGAUGCUGAUUAAAGAAGGAGAGCAGACAGACUGCAAGAAAAAUUCCUGGCUUGUCUAUGUUCUUAUCACCAUGGUCAUGCUCCUGUUCUCUGUGCUGAUGUGCUGCACCUUGAACCGUGUUGAUUUGAAGAAGUAUUUCCAGAACAACUCCCCAAAUACAGUAUAUGAAGACAUGUCUUACAGUGUUAGACAGCACACCUUGCAGACAACCAACGCUUGCUGCAUUGACAAUUAAGCUUCUGCCAGCUGGGACCAUGCAUGGAUCAACCAUUCCUUUACAGGUCUCCCUCAGAGCUGCCCUAGCAACCUGAUGUGGUAGCUGAACUGAAGAUGCUGUCCCUUACCUUCUUCAGAAGAAAGAAAAACCCACUUCAUUUCCAAAGCUUUUUCUGUUUUUUGAUCACUUGUAAUUUUGGGUUUUUUUGGUUAAUGUAUAUAAAAUGUACAGAAAUGCAGGUAUCCUGCACAUGUGUUUGCAGUUUAGGAUGGAAUGCAGUGUUUUCUGGACUAUACUUUCUGGCUGGAGGCAACAUAUGGACUCAUUUCUUUGAUUGAUCAAUAACCUUUUCAGGGAAGGGGGGGUAGAUGAUGGAGAGGUCCGGCUCUGAGCUUUGGUAACUGCUCAGAAAGACUGUAAGAUGCAACAGAUCCACAUAUGCACGGAUUGUAGUUCUCUUGUGAAUCCUCAUGGGUCUGCAGAGGAGCUCAGGUAGUGAAAACUACUCAAGAGUUACAGCAAAGAAAUCUGCUUUGAAGAGACCUCAGAGACGUUGUGGCAGAGCGUGGUACGAGUGAGGUGCUGCGUGUGUGGGAGAUACUUACGCAGAGAACAUAAUGGCACUGGAAAAACACAGUCAAGUCUGGAUUUCAAAUUACAGCCUUUGUCAGAGAUACUGAUGUGAUCGCUGUGGGCUUGGUGUGGUUGACAUGCCAAAUGACCAGACUUGGGCCAUGGGGGCAUUUUGGGACAGCAGAAAUACUAGUGAUGUGCUGGUGUUGUCUCAAACUCCAGAGCCUUUAGGACUACACAGCUGAAUGCAUUUCUCCAGGUCAGUGAGUCUACACUGUACAGUACAAGGUGAACUGAUCUGAGAUAAAACCAAUGCCUGCAUUCCAAGCAGGGUGUGGGUAAGUCAGAUCCAAAUCUCUUAAAAAGGAAUUUAUCAACGCCAUCAGUCAGGUGGGAACUAAGUUUGGUUCAAUAAUGGCUUAGGACAGGUUGCUGUGAUGAGCUUAACUCUCCUCUAGCUAAGCAAAGGCUACAGCUUUCUCUGGGGUGUUUUGGUUUUGGAAAGCUGUGUCUGCUGCAGAGAGUCAAUAGUUUGCAUGCCCAGAGGAAUAUCAGAUUGCCCAGUCCCGAGGCAGGAUAGAUGGGUUGAUGUGUGAUUUCUGGGAACAGGCUGACACUGGAAUUUUUCUUUACUGAUGUACUUGUUUAGUUUUUUAGGGAUUAGGGCUGGUUUGCCAUUAAUGAGAGCUGGAGCGGAGCCAGGCACAGGGGAUUCCCCCUCUCCGAGGUGAGCUCUGCUGCGAUUCCAGCUUGCUGAGCCAAGGCUGCCACUUGGGAGAGCCCAUUUCCUUCCAGAUCUUACUCCUGAAAUGCUGUGCAACAGACCCGAAGGGGAAAUCUGCGCAUGUGGGUGGCUGAUGGAGGGGGUUUUACCUUGUAAGAGGUGUCUGCUGCUUGCAGACCCUGCGGUCUUCACAUACCUGUACCUGAGUAAAAUUAUGUUUAGGACUGGGGCUUUGUGGAGUUGUGCUGUGUUUCUAUACAUGUAUUAAAGACUUUCAUAUAUCUUGCAAAUGAACGCUAGUUAUUGCAAAUGAACACUAGUUAUUGAAGGGACUGUUUCUCUUAGUGUUUUGUUUGGUUGC